GACCAGUCUGAACGAUUUAGAAUCUGGGCUGGGAAUUUGGGAGCUUUCCAAAGACUUCCGUCCGAAGCCUCUCUUGACUAUCGGUUGCGCUACUCCAGAAAAAUUGCGGCACAAAUCGAAGAGCUCCUAACAGACCUGCUAAAUACGCUGGAUCAUACCAGUCCAAGAGACAGGUUCGCGCAAUCCUUAGCGUCCAAUCACGCGCCUUUCGAUCCAGCGUUUGAUAUACACCAUGUACGCCACAAGUUUCCUCUUCUAGACGGCGAGGACCAGGCAUGGCUCGCAGAACGACUAGUCAAGGCUAUCACGCAGCGUAGGCAAUACUUACAGUAUGCCCGCGAUCACCGGAACAAGCUCAGCAAGGAGCCAUCAGAUUUAUGGCAGCCACAGGAUGUUUCACAUGAGGAACAUGCCUUUCCAGCAUCAGGUCAGCUCAAGCAAUUGCGAACCGGAAAGACCAAAGCGAACCGACCAGAAAGCACAUUGAGUGCAACAGUAGCCUCCACAUUACGUCUCACCGAUAUCACAAUGUCACAGCAAGAUUUCCAGGAAGACCUGUCUCAGACCUCCUAUGCGCAGUCGAUUGUUGAAGGUGGGACCGAAUCGCGUCUGGAACUCCCUCGCCUAUCCGAUGUUUCCAAAGGUGCAGAAACAUUCGAAUGCCCGUUUUGCUUCACAAUUCAAAGCAUUCAAAAAGAGGGCUCUUGGAGGAAGCACGCAUUUUCCGACUUGAGGCCUUAUGUGUGCACGUUUGCUGAAUGCGAACUUAAGCUUUUCCCCAGUCUUCGCGACUGGUCUGAGCAUGAACAGAGGCAUAGAGUCCAAUGGUAUUGUCACUUCUGCAACACGGGAAACUUCGAAACUCUGGAGAAGUUCCAGAGGCAUCUUCGGCUCCUCCACAUUCUGGACCUAACGGACGAUCAGCUCGAUGCUCUCGCCGAAGCCGGUCGGCGUACAGUCGAUCAGAUUUCUGCGCUCGAAUGUCCUUUCUGUCACGACUGGGAACACAAGCUGAGGGAGGCAAAUCCGGAUAUCAUACCCGAAGGGAGUGUGGUCGUGACGCCGCCCCAAUUCAUGCAGCACGUUGGCGCGCACAUGCGACAACUCGCUCUCUUUGCGGUUCCGCGC